CAUGUGGAAGGAUUUUCUUUUGGAACAAAAGAGAACCCAAGAGGGUUAGCCGCAUUGAAAGUUACUUGCACCCUGUAAGGUGCAUGACAAGGCAUCCUGAUCCUCAACGUUUUGAACUGGCUACUGGUGGAGCGGAUCAACUUGUUCGUUUCUGGGCUCCUAACGAUGAGCUGCCAAUAGGUUAAGUAGAAUUGAAGAUGGCUAAUUUGAUUUUAUCUUUUAAAGUUUUCAGAGAAAAAGUUAAAAUUGGCAUCUUUUCUGCUAUUCUGGGAAGUUUAGGAGUACAUUCUUUUGAAUUUAGUAGUAUUUGCUUUGUAAGUUUUAACUUCUAAUUAUCUUUGAUGUUCAUGCCCAGUUUUGGGCUACUGCCUCGCCUAAGUUUAAAAU